AUGGGGGAACUUUCCACGUUAAAAUAUCUAAAAUAUGGAGUUCAUCAGGGUUCAAUUUUGGGUCCACUUCUGUUUUUAAUUUAUAUCAAUGAUUUACCGAACUGCUUACAACACUCUACAGCACGUAUGUUCGCCGAUGAUAUUAACAUCACAGUGUCCGGUAAAUCAAUUAAGGAAGCUGAGGUGGCCGUUAAUGCUGAUCUCAAUAAUAUCAGAGAAUGGCUUCUAUCGAACAAGCUCUCUCUUAACCUUGUCAAAACGGAAUAUUUUUUGAUUGGAUCACGCCACAAUAUUAACACGUUAGAAGAACAACCGCGUGUUUUUAUUGGAGAUGAACCAAUUAAAGGGGUUCAAGUUACAAAAGCUCUUGGAGUCAAAAUUGAUCAAUUUUUAACUUGGGACAGUCAUAUUGACCAAAUUUCGAAAAAAAUAUCUUCUGGAAUAAGUGCCAUGAAAAAGAUAAAGGAUUUCACUAAUUCUGAUACUUUGAAGUCAGUCUAUUAUGGUCUUGUCCAACCCCAUUUCGACUACUGUUGUGAAGUUUGGAAUUCCAUUAAUAGAGGCCAGUCUGAACGACUACAAAAACUUCACAACAGAUGUGCUAGAAUUUUAAUGAACUUUAAAGAUGAGCCUGGGCAAUCUCAACUUGCCGUUGAUCAAUUAGGGUGGAUAAACUUGGAAGAAAGGCGAAAAAAUAUUAUGGCCCGGCUCAUGUUUAAGGUUGUCAAUAAUUUGACACCAUCGAGGUUCUCAUCAAUGUUCCAGAUUCAUCAAUGUUCCAUAUCCACAGUUAUAAUUUACGAGGUUCAAAUUCGUUUCUCGUUCUGCCACGACCAAAUACCGAGUAUGGCAGAAAAUAUUUUCGAUAUAGUGGGGUUAAAAUCUGGAAUAGCAUCCCUGAACAAGUAAGAAACAGCGAAUCUUUAAAUUCUUCUAAACGAAUUAGCUAUUUGACUACUGUACCAUUUGUUUUGUAAUAUGUAUUUUGUAUUCGUAGUUCUUAAAUCUUAAUAUUAUUACAAUAUUAGUGAUUUUGUAUUUUAUAUAUUUUUGUAACAUAAUUUAUCUACGCCCCACUUGGAAAGCAGCUCCGGUUGAAGUGGCCAGCGUAGUCAAAUAAAGUUUUAUCCUAUUUUAUGUUCAAUAUCAGAUUUAUCUUCAAUGUCGAAAGCACGUAGGUGUUGAAUGUCCUAAUUAACUUCAAUGUCGAAAAUAUGUUGAAUGUUCUGCAUGUUCAAUGUCAGAUUUAUCUUUAAUGUCGAAAGCACGUAGGUGUUGAAUGUCCUAUUUGACUUCAAUGUCGAAAAUAUGUUCAAUGUUCUGCACGUUUAAUGUCAGAUUUAUCUUCAAUGUCGAAAGCACGUAGGUGUUGAAUGUCCUAUUUACCUUCAAUGUCGAAAAUAUGUAGUGAAUGUUCUGCAUGUUCAAUGUCAGAUUUAUCUUCAAUGUCGAAAGCACGUAGGUGUUGAAUGUCCUAUUUUACUUCAAUGUCGAAAAUAUGUUGAAUGUUCUGCAUGUUCAAUGUCAGAUUUAUCUUCAAUGUCGAAAGCACGUAGGUGCUGAAUGUCUUAUUUUACUUCAAUGUCGAAAAUAUGUUGAAUGUUCUGCAUGUUCAAUAUCAGAUUUAUCCUCAAUGUCGAAAGCACGUAGGUGCUGAAUGUCUUAUUUUACUUCAAUGUCGAAAAUAUGUUGAAUGUUCUGCAUGUUCAAUAUCAGAUUUAUCCUCAAUGUCGAAAGCACGUAGGUGUUGAAUGUCUUAUUUUACUUCAAUGUCGAAAGCAUGAUAUACAUGAACAUUGGCGGUGAUAUGUAUGACACCAUACUUACGCACUGUCACGUACGUAGACUUGAAAUAUAAACCUGUGUUUCCUGUGUUGACAUAAAAUGUGGAGUAUUCUCAUCUCCGAUUGUAUAAAAUGAUAAGACAGGAUUGAAUCGAGGGAAGUUCUAAACUGACUCUCAAGAUGAACACAGCAAAGUAUAUCUUCCUCUUGUUCGUUGGAAUUUUCUUUUCAGAUUCGGUGUGAGUAUACCCAUUUUAACCUAUUUAGCUUUGUUUUAUUUGUCUUAUUUUACGGUAACUCCAUAGUCAGUAUAGCUGUGCAACCUGUACUAUAGUUAGGGACCAUGCAAAAUUUAUUUUUAUACGGGGCAGGAGCAAAAAGAGGACGGGCAUAUUUUUUGGAGCUGCAUGGAAGCGGGCUACAAAGAUUUUUUUCUGCCUUUGAGGCGGAGCAGACACUUUUCUCGAAUUUACCAUAUUUCUCCCAACUAAUCCAUUAAGCAGCAAUGCACCCAUGCCCAUGGCCAAAUGCACUAUUUUUUGUAUUUAAUAUGCAAGACCUAACUAAAUCCAAAUUACAUCGGGAAUUACAUAGUAUACCUGUUACGGACGCUACUAUAAUUAAUCUAAUUAUUUCGCGCCGUUUGUUGACAUUAGCAUAAUUAAUUUAGGGCCAGUCUUCGCGAGCGAGGCUUUUUGGAAAACUAUUGAUAUUCGUGAUAGAUAUACAAACGUAUCUGCUUUAAAAUCGCCAUAAGAUGUAAGUAUUUCUUUCAUUUUGACUUUGAAACACUUGAACUUGUUGUUAAUGAACGUUAUUUGUAAUUCUAUGUAGCAAACCUUUGUUUACGACCGAUAUUAGUCGAAAUACGGACAGAAUCGAGGACAGAAUGAUGCAUGGAUAUUUGAUAUGUACGAGAUAUUUGUCAUGAUGUACUGCUUAGAAUAGACUAAAUUUGAGAGUAAAUAAAGUGUAAUGACGUGGUGAUUAUUAUUUGAUAUAUAAACGACAUUCGGUUGGGUUCGUUCCCAACAUAGUUUGAUCUUUUAUGGAUGAAAUCUGUGCAAAACAGUUCGACGAACUUCGCGAUCGACGAAGUCAAUAAGCCGGAAGUGACAACGGUUUACGAAGGACAUCUCGGACCCGGAAGGUGUCGCGUGAGUACGCAGAAUAUUUAAAUGAAAUACAUUCCAAAGGACUAAAGCAUGAAUUAUUAAAACUUUCGCAAAUUAUUGAAGUAUCUACAGAGUCUUUAAAAACUUAUGAUUAUAGUAAUAUUGAGACUACAGAAAUUGAAAAAACUUUGGACACUAUACAUUCAAAGUGGGUUAAGUACCUCAAAGUGCAUGAAGAUUAUUCUCAGCUGAUUAAUAACACGCGUGACUUGGAGCGUCUUAGCAUCCAACGUCAAAGUCUCGAACGAAAAAUAAAUGAAUGUAAUCAACUAGCUAUUGGUCAACUUAACAAGAGCAUUCGCAGUUUACAGAGAGACUCAAAGUUUGAGAAUGGUCUUCACCUUAAGGAUGAUGAUAAACUUUCUGUGUCAGUACAAAGUAGUGUUUCCAUGUCAAGGUCGUCAAAGAGUAGACGUUCAGGGGGGUCCUCUGUGUCGUCUAGGGUGAAGACGGCGGCUCGUUCAGCAGAAUUAGCAAGGUUGAAACUAGAGCAGGCAGAGAGAAGAGCAAAAGCAAAGGAAAAACAAAUGCAAGAACAGAUAGAACGUGAGUUACAAGAUUUGCGGGACCAAGCAGAGUAUUCUCAGUUAGAAGCCGAACUUUUGGCAGCCGAUCAGGCAGACGAAAGAUAUAGUGACUGCGGAAGCAUGCGUAGUUUAUCAAAGGUUGUAGCUGGUAACAGGGUUAAUAUGAAGGUAGAAGUAAAAAAUUCGACACCACAGGACAGAGCUUUCUACAAGACAGUUCACCCCUCAACUCGGCCUGAGUUAGUCAAAUCGCCACCCGAGUCAGUGGUCGAUAGCAAGCAAGGGAUUGCGUCCCUUUCUGAGAAAUGCAAUGACACGGAGCCAUCUUCACCCGAGUUUAAACCAAGCGUUGACAAAACUAAACCUGAUUUAACAACUACAUUACUCAAAAUGAAUCAGCAAUUGGUUAGUGCCAUGAAGCAGGGAACCGAAACAACCACUGUUAUGAAAGCCAUGUUACAGCGGCAAGGGAUUCCGAAACCCCAGCCAAUGAAAUUUAGAGGUGACCCUGCUCAGUUUCCUGUUUUUAAGAAGCGGGUGGAGGUUUGGUUAAACGAAAGAGAGUUUGAUGAAAGAGAAAAAAUAACUCGUCUUCUCAGUUUCGUAGAAGGUGAUGCUAGAGACGCAAUUGAACAUUGUGAACUGAAAUCAAACGGUUUUAGUCAAGCCAUGAAAAUAUUAGAGUCUCAGUAUGGUCAUCCUUCUAGCGUAGUCAAGGCAUCCCUUAAACGAGUCACGGUGGGUCCUCGCAUUGAAAGGGGAGACAACAACUCUCUCGCUAAGCUCAGAAAUAAUUCACGUUCCUGUUUAGAAGUCUUAAAGGACAAUGAGAAUUACAAACACGAAAUUAAUGCAUCAUCUAAUGUUGAAAGAGUUGUUGAUCGUUUGCCAAUGCACAUGCAGAUAGAGUGGGUAAAGAAACUUCCGAAAAUUCGUGAUGAAACCAAAUUGAACCCCACAUUACAGCAUGUUCUAGAGCUAGUAGAAAAACAACUCAGAAUCAUGAACGAUCCCCAAUAUGGACACAUUUUGACUACAAAGAGGAAACCAAUUGACCCCAAGAACAGGCUACCGAAACCAUCACCUAAACCACCACUUCAGAAUCAGAUCUCGACGUUGACAACAAACCUCGAAAACUCCGGCCUUUGUCCGUGUUGCAAGGGUAAACAUUCACUCACAAACUGUGACUCCUUUGUUAAGAAAACAUCUGAAGAGCGAUGGGAAAUCGUAAAGAAUUUAAAGCUUUGCCAUUUAUGCCUUGCGUCGGGACACAUGAAGGCCCAGUGUAUAUCAACCACCAUUUGUAAAUGUAAAGCUACCUACAAGCAUCACCCACUCCUUCAUCGAAGAAUUUCGCCACCAAAGGAUAACUCUAAAUUCCAGUCUAAUGAUCGUGAAUCCUCCAAUACCACUCAAAGACAACCAGAGAAAGACAAAGAGAAACCAGAAACAGCUGGAUCUGAAUCACCCAAAUCCAAAUUUGGAAAGGACAGUCAACAAGAUUCGAUGGCAUCUUAUACGACAAUGACGCAAGGAAAGGAAAAUCACGUACUUUUACACGUUGUACCUGUUAAAGUGUUAACGAAGGAUGGAAACUCGGUCACGACAUAUGGACUACUUGACAAUGCCAGCCGUGGAACUAUUGUUGAUGCGAAAUUGGCAGAGAAACUGAACGUGAAAGGAACUAAACAGUCAAUCGCCGUUACAACAGUGCUUGGAACACAGGAAUGCGAAUUUGAAUCAGGCUGCAGAAGCCGCAGAUUCUGA